UACACCUCGUGCUACCCGUCUCACGCGUAUUCUCCGUUUUCCGCUCCCGCGUCUCUCUCUCUCUCUCUCUCUCCGCCCCUUUCCUCGCUCUCGCCAUUUCGAAUCAUCUCCUCUCCUUCGAUCAUGAAAACGCCUAAUAAUUCGAAGCUUCUGUGAAUCCAUCGUGGAUCUCAGGGUUUGAUUCGGCAUCUUUUGGCGGGAAUUGGGCGCGGUUCAAUCGAAAAUUUUGGUUUUUCUCACCCACCCCCCAAAAAUUCCUCCUCCAUUGAGAAUUUUGGGGGUUUUGGAGCUGAAUCGGAGCCACUCCAUUAAUGAAAUCGAGAAGGGUUCGAGUUUUUUUCCGAAUUUAAGGUUUGAAAAUGGUGAUGAUAGGUUGGAGCAAAAUUGGGGUUUUUGUGGCGUGCGCGAUCUCGUUUCAUCUCCUCGUGUCGAUCGAUUCGGCGAGGACGGAGGGUUCGGAAACCCUUUUGGUGGGUUUGAGGGAUUCGUAUUCUAGGCGUGGAGCUUCGGUGGAUUUAGAUGAAGAAACGGUGAAACAAAUAUUGUUCAAUUGUGUUCUGGAUAUGGAUAUCAUACCAGAGAGUAAAGAUAAAUUUUACUACUCUUUUUUCAAUGACUUUUCCCGUGAUUCUUAUUGGACCUAUCUUCGAGAACGAUCAGAUAGGAAGGAAAGCACAGAUGAAGCCAACCGUACUGUGCCCCCAAUAAUCGAGCAUGCUUUCUUUGAUUGCUUGAUGAAUAACAAUUUCCCGGUUCCUAUUUCUAAAGAGUAUCUCUAUCUUACAAGAAAUUGGUGGACCAAUUUUGCUGGCCACUUUCGUGGUUCAAGAAGACAAUUGGCCGAGCAAUCUCCAACAAUGGCACCCUCCUCGGGCCCCUCUCUAUCUCCUGUCCCUGUUUCAGCUCAAUCCCCCUAUCGUGGUCCAGCACCUUCUGCCAGUCAGGAACUAGGAAGCUCAACAGCUCCUCCUAGCUUCUCCCCAGCUGCUCCGCCUAGAGGAUUCUUUCCUCCAAAAUCAGUUAAAAGAAGCCCAAAGUCAGCUACAAAUUCACCACCAAAGAAGCAAAGCAGUGGGGAGAGCUCAAUUAUUGUCACUGUUGUUCUAACUUUGGCAGGGACGUCGUUUGUCGCCGCACUUCUCUUUGUUUGCUGUUAUAAAUGUCAUAGAAAAGGAGGUUCUAAGGCAUACAAGCAAAGGGAUGAUAAGCCACUUUUACGUUUGAGCGACUUCUCUGGUAACUCUCAAAAGCCCAACCAGGGAUAUCCAAUUGAUGUAAGUAAGCUGGGUGCAGCUCUCAAAUCAGAAGAAAGCCAAAAUGGUCACACCACUUCUCUGAAGUUGAAUUCAGUUGGAUCUCUUGAGCCAUCUACUGCUGCACCACCACCACCACCUCCUCCUCCUCCUCUGCCACUUCGAAAGGCGGCUCCUCCUGCUCCUGCUCCGCCACCUCCUCCACCCAUUCGGAAACCCAAUCCUUCACCGCCGCCGCCACCGAAAGCUGACUUCCCACCACCUCGUCCCCCUCUGCCGAACCAAAGUUCUUCAAAACUGCGGAAAAAGCCAGUGAAAGCUGCUUCUGACCAGGAGCUUGGCAAGGAAGCUGACCCAAAUGCUCCAAAAGCCAAACUGAAGCCACUUUUCUGGGACAAAGUUCUUGCCAAUCCUGAGCAGUCGAUGGUCUGGGAUCACAUUAAGUCGGGGUCAUUCCAGUUUAAUGAGGAAAUGAUUGAAAGUCUAUUUGGGUACAAUGCUAAUGACAAAAGUAGGGGUGACGGUAAGAAGGAAUCAGCAUUUAAGGAACCCUCUCCUCAGUAUGUUAAAAUUCUAGAUCCUAAAAAGUCGCAAAAUCUCGCUAUUUCAUUGAAGGCAUUGAAUGUGAAAGUAGAAGAAGUUUGUGAUGCAGUUAUGGAAGGAAAUGAGCUUCCUGCAGAGUUACUUCAAACAUUGCUGAAAAUGGCUCCUACAACCGAUGAAGAGCUGAGACUUAGGCUAUACAAUGGUGAUCUUUCUCAUCUUGGUCCAGCGGAACAGUUCUUGAAGGUGUUGGUUGGUAUUCCUUUUGCUUUCCAACGCCUAGAUGCAUUGCUUUUCAUGGCUUCUCUACCGGAGGAAGCCUCAGCUCUGAAGGAGUCAUUCUCAACUUUGGAGGUUGCUUCCAAGGAGCUCAAAAGCAGCCGGUUAUUUUUAAAGCUUUUAGAAGCUGUGCUCAAGACUGGCAAUAGAAUGAAUGAUGGUACAUUCCGAGGAGGAGCCCAAGCUUUCAAGCUCGACACUCUUCUCAAACUAGCCGACGUCAGAGGAAUCGAUGGAAAAACCACUCUUUUGCAUUUCGUCGUUCAAGAAAUCACCCGCUCUGAAGGAAUUCGAGCUGCCCGUAUUGAAAGAGAACAGAGAAAUAGCAUCUCAAGCGUGAAUUCUGAUGAACUAUUUAAUGAUCCCCCACAAGAAUCCGAGGACCAUUAUCGUAAAGUCGGACUUAGGGUUGUAUCAAACCUUGGCGACGAACUCGAAAAUGUCCGAAAGGCGGCAUGCCUUGAUUUUGAUGUCCUAACGAGUACGGUGGCAAACCUAGGGGAUAAACUUGUGAAAAUAAAAGAUUUCUUGAAUACCAGCUUGAAAAGUUUGGAAGAGGAAAGUGGGUUUCACCAUUCAUUGAAGUAUUUUGUGGAGCAAGCGGAGAGCGACAUUACUUUCUUGUUGGAGGAAGAGAAGAGAGUUAGGGCACUGGUGAAGAGCACAGUUGAUUAUUUCCACGGAAACGCCGGAAAAGAUGAGGGUUUGCAAUUGUUUGUGAUUGUGAGAGACUUCCUAGCGAUUUUGGAUAAGGCUUGCAGAGAGGUGCAAGAAUUAAACAAUAAAGCGCAAAAGAAGCCAAGAAGUCAAGCUGCAUCAGCCUCAUCAUCGCCUGUUCCGGAUCCUCGCCAGCAUCUAUUUCCAGCAAUCACGGAUCGGCGAGUAGAUAGCUCUAGUUCCGAUGACGAGAGCUAAUUUCAUGAAGGAUUUGUCAAGGCAAAGAGGGGAAACAAAAUUCAUGCUGCAUCAAUUGGCAUUCAAUCUCAUGAUAUUUAUCACAAUGAAGUGAUCGCUAAAUCAGAAAUAUUGUGGUGUCAAACAUGCUGGAAACCGAAAGUGAGCCUCGAUGGUCAACUUCUACAAGUUUAAGGCCUUCUGUGCGUGUGCGCAUGAGACAUUAGAUUUUGUUUGUACUUGAAAUUCUUUCAUUCUUUUAGGCUGAAUUGUUUUUUUUUUUUUUGGCUUUUUAGAUCUCGUGUAAAUUGGUUCAACAGCUUCAGCCUCAAAUCUCUUUCUAGCCCAAAGAAAAUCUUUUAGAUCUUUGGAGUGAUACCAUAUCAAAAGCUAGGAGAGCUAUCAAAUAUCUAGACUGAGAUAGCUCAUUCAAAUUGCUUAUAAGGAAGCACCAAAUCAAACUUGUAACUUCGAAUUACAGAGAAAAAAAAAAAAUUCUCAUUCCGAAUAAUUAUUAUUGAA